AUGGAACGUAUUCGUUCAAACACUGUUCAACUCAAGGUCCAUGUGGAGAACGACCAUUUAAUUAUGCAUGGCUCCCCUAAUGAAUCGGCUGGAUGUGUGCUUCGAGGGGUGCUCGAUGUUCAUGUGAAAGAGCCUAUCAAAGUCAAGUCCAUUCAUUUGAGAUUCUCGGGUCGCAUGGUGAUUACUUGGACCGAACCGAUUGGUAAUGGACAUGAACGUUUGUUCCAUGAUGAUCGGACGUUAAUCAACCAUACGUGGGAGUUUCUACCUAAAACCGACAAGCUGCAUACAUUGGAAGCGGGCACUUUUACAUAUGAGUUUGAGUUGCCGUUGCCUGGUGAUCUACCUGAAACAACCCAUGUUGCAUCAUUUUACCUAGUGCAAUACAGGCUCAAGGGCACUUUGGAGCGCGCACGCUUUUUACCGAACAACACAGUACGACGUACGAUCCAUGUCUCACGACAAUUAUUGCCACUAACGCCUGAGUUUAUGGAGGCUGUGAGCAUUGCUAAUCGAUGGACCAACAAGCUUGAUUAUGAAAUUUCAGUGCCCACCAAAAUGCAUAGUCUGGGUGAUAAAAUCCCUGUCAGCAUCAAGGUGACACCGCUUACGGAUCAGCUGCGUAUCCGCCACUUGUCAUGUACCUUCAAAGAAUAUAUGAUAUGCCGCGCAAGCAGUGGAUGGUUUGGUGGUCAUUCACGUGCACAAGGCCGUGUUGUAUAUUUUGUGCGAGAUGACCAGUUUGGACGUGACAAUAAUGAAGGUGAUGAUAUUGUGUGGAACAAGACACUGGUCGUGCCCGUACCUUCCACCAAUAGUCAAGUGCAAUGUGAUGUCCAAAAUGAUGCGGUGCGUAUUCGCCAUAAACUCAAAUUUGUCAUUUCAAUCGAGAAUCCAGAUGGCCACGUAUCCGAACUAAGGGCGGCCUUACCGAUUCAAAUAUGUGCCCUUCAUUCAACGGGUCUUCCAUCGUAUGAGGAAACAUGGCGUACCCUUCCCUAUGAUCCAACCAUGAUGGUCACCCUUUUACAUCUUCGUGCUGCUGCUGCCAAUGCCGAAGAACAACAAGAUGCCGAUCAACUUUUAGAACUACCCACAGGAUUCCAACAACGACGUAACAACCCACGACGAAGGAGUUGGCGUGAUAGAGCAAGUUGGAUCUUUUUGGGUAACAAUAGUAGCAAUACGAGUGGUGGUGACGACGAGCAUCAAGAUGACAGUGAUGAUCCCUUGACAGCUAUUGCAGCUACAACCAGCUGCAUUUGUAGUACGGAUUUGCCAUCCUAUUCACCCACGGAUCCUGGUUGCUCUUCUUCAUUAUCUCGUUAUCGUCACUCGUGCUUCAUCCCUGAUACAGCAGCAGCAGCAGUCUCAAGACCUUCAAUGCCUCGUCUUCCCACCUAUGACGAAUUACUAUGUGCCUCACGGUAA